AUGGCACCACUCGGCCAGGUAGACCAUGACAACAUCGAGCGCAAGCUCAAGGACGUAGUCCAGGAGCUCUACCAAAUCAUGGUCCAAGUCUCCACAUACGACGCAAUGGGCCGCUCAAGCAGAGACGUCCUCACGAAUGAAAUCAAAAACCUAUCCCAAGCCCUCCAGGCCCUCCACACCGCAGCCUCGCCCCCCAACCAGCUCCCCUCGGUGCCCCCCGAGCUCCUCGAGUACGUCGAGAACGGCCGCAACCCGGACAUCUACACCCGCGAGUUCGUCGAGACCGUCCGCCGCGGCAACCAGCUCCUCAAGGGCAAGCUC